AUGUCUGAAGAAAUUGUUUAUGCACAUCUCAAAUUGCGGGACUCUGUUAAGAAAGAAAAUAUGCAGAAGUCUGAAAAACAUCGGGGGGAAGUACCUUCUGCUCCUUCCUGUUCACAGCAUAAAACAGUCUUGAUUCUGAUUCUUCUGUGCCUUCUGAUGCUCGUUGGGCUGGGAGUCUUAGGAGGAUUAUUUCAUACAACUUUGGAGACAGAAAUCAUAAAAUCAAAUGAACUACAAGGCAUCAAGGAAGAACUUCAGAGAAAUAUUUCCCUACAGCUGAUGCUCAAUCACAACAGCUCCAAGAUAAUUGGGAACCUCUCUGCCAUGCUGCAAAAGACAGCCACCCAGCUGUGUCGUGAGCUGUAUAAAAAAGAACCAGAGCACAAAUGCAAACCUUGUCCAAAGGGUUCAAAGUGGUACAAAGACAGCUGUUAUUUCAAACUUGGUGGACUUAGAACAUGGCAAAAGAGUGAAAUACAGUGUUCUGUUCAGAAUGCCAGCCUGCUGAAGAUUAAGAACAAGAGUGUGCUGGAAUUUGUAAAGUCGGAAAGGUUAAAUAAUUAUUGGCUGGGAUUGUCGCCCAGAAAAGACCAGGCAAAAUCUGAGAAACUGACUGAGACAAUAUUUCUCUCUGCAGGGUUUGAAGGAAGCAUGCCUGACUUAAGUAAGAUGUACUGCGGACACAUACAAGGGAUGUAUGUUUAUUAUUCACCUUGCAUUUGGGAGAAAAAUGUCAUGUGUGAGGGGACAGCCAGUAAUGUACAGGUGGAAAGUGUGCUGAAUGACCUUCCAGAGGAAAGCUUGUAGCUACCACAGUUGUUUAUCUCUAGCUACUAUCCUAUCCUGCUGUGCUGGUUUGAAUGAGAAUGGCCUCCAGGAGCUCCUAUGUUUGAAUGCUUGGUCCCCAGUUGGUGGAACUGCCUGAGAAGGAUGAGAAGGCGUGGCCUUGUUGGAGGUGCUGUUUCACUGAUGACAGGCUUUCAGUUUUUGAAAGUCCACACCAUUUCCGGUUAACUCUUUCUCCGUCUUGUGCUUGUGAAUUGAGAUGUGAGCUCUCAGCUACCGCUCAAAGCAGGUCUGCUUGCCUGCUGCCUUGCUCCCCAAGACGACAACCAAGGACUCUAACCCUCCAGAACCGAGAGCCCCAAGUUAAACCCUUCUUUUUAUAACUUGUUUUAGCCAUGGUGUUUUGUCACAGCUGUCACACAGAGGAACUUUAAGUAAUGAGCAUCUCCUGCUUCAAACACAGUAACAAUAAUGUGACUACAGUUCUGAUUCUCCUAGUGCUUAUGUCCAGAUUUCUUUUCCUCAUUUGCUAACUCAUGGCUUAUCACCAUGUACUUUUUAAGCACACAGUUCACUGAACAUAAAAAGACCAUGAAGUCUAAUUUGCCUCUUUUUCCAAAGAUGAAUCAGGCAAAUUUCAACCUCCGAGAAAAUUAAGUCUGGGAACAUACAGGAAGAAUAAUAUGAUAUGACCGACUUGUAUCAGAAAUUUAUUAGCACUUUCAAAAUAAAGUUUGGAGGGAAAGAAUUAUU